AUGUAUUUAGCGAUCAGUUGUGAGCCGCCAAUAGCCCCACAAAACGGUCGACUACUGGACAAUACACACUACUUGGCCGGGGAUUAUGUUCAAUACGCGUGCAAUAGUGGGUUUGUGAUAAUGGGAGAACCACUGGCCAUAUGUAUGGACAACGGCACCUGGUCCUCGCCAUCGCCUAUAUGUAAGGCGGUGUGCGAGUUCCCUGGCGAGUUAGCCAAUGGCCACAUAGAGCCCACCAAAUUCCACUACAACAUCGACGAGACAGUGACAGUGAUGUGUAAUCAUAAUUACAGACUAUUGGGUACACCGAAGCUCAAGUGCAAUGCCAACGGCCACUGGUCCAGUCCUAAGCCCCAUUGCAGACCCUUCUACUUCUGACAGCACCCACACACCCACCACACAGACCACUGACAAACACACACACACAUAUACCACACCUCCACCCCCUUCUACGCCAUUAAUACUCGCCGAUCAAAGAUAUGCACAAACCGUUUCAGUCUCUCUAGACGUGAGGACAGUUGUGUCGACCACUGUCUCGCUCUACAGUUUUGCCGUCUAUUCAUCCCUCGCAUUGGCUUCUUAUGUCAUAAUAUGAAUGUUUUGACUCAUGAGUGCUCGACGCCAGCCGUGUGUGCUAUCAAGCAUUUGUGUGACCAUUUGAUUUGUUAUUUGAUUUGAUUUUUUGUUAUUCAAAACAUCUUAUGUUUCUAAUAUCCGGAACACUGAAAAAUAAUAAUAAGUAAUUAUGAUAAGAAAAAUAAUUUUUAUAAAUAUAGUAUCAAGAAACAUAUAAAAAUAAAAAUC